UCUCUCUGAGUCUUGCAUGAGGGGAAAAACAAAACAUCUUUCAUAUUUUUGCGACAAAAGAGGACCUCUUUCUUGGACUGAGCAGUUUCAUGGAUUUUUCUGUAAAAUCUAAAACGUUAUGAUGCCAAGUUUAGGAUCAAAGAAGAAAGACAAUCUACCCAAAAUGGACAGACCCAGUGAGGACUUUCCACAGCUGAGCAAUGAGAUGCAGCUGAGCAUCAUGAACAAGGUGAAGAGCGGAGAGCUGUCCAUCGAGGACGCUCUGAACCAGGCCAGGAAGGACAGGCAGCAGCUGCUCCAACACAAGAGCCUGGCUGAAGAGGAACCGCCACCGUCACAGUACAACUUCAGUGUUCACAAGCACAGCCGCUACAGGUGGCAGAAGCGGGUUAUUCAGAUUGAUUUCAAGACCAAAAUGCUGUGCAGCAUCGAGAAAGGCAUCAUCAAGCGACAGUUUCCCUUCUCAACUGUCAAGAGCUGUGAUGAUGGAUCAGGUUCCAGGUUCUCCAUUUCCUUUAAAGGACACCAUGAUUAUGAACUGGAGGCCACUUCACUGGAGGACAAACACAAGAUAAUGCAGCUUGUGAAUCAGAUCAUUUAUGGGAACAUAUACAGUGAUUCUGAGGGCGAUGCAGAGACAGGUCAGCAGCCUCAAACACCACAGAGCCUUCGGGAAGGCGUCUUGUUACUGCACCGAGGAGGCCUGGCAUCAUUCAAAUGGGUGAAAUAUGAGGUCCAGCUCCACCCAGGCCAGCUAACACUGGUCCCCUUCAGGCGACGGGGCUCCACCGAUGGUGAGGUGACAUACUCGGUGCCCAGGUCCAUCGUGAUUCACCUGUCAGAUGGCGACACCAGCGUACAGAAACCUCACAGCUCCGACACUUUCACCCUGAUCACCCACAAAAAUGAGUACAAGUUCCGGGUGCCUGUACCAGAUCAGACUGCUGCUCCUGGGGCUGUCCAAAAGGAACGAGACGCUUGGGUCCAUGCCAUUCACAGACUGUGCAGGGACUGGAAGAGGAAGUCAAUGGCGGAACAAUUGUUUGAACAAACAAAGGAUCUACGACAUAUCAGCAUAGAUGAAGAUGCAGAGGACAGUGACACAGAGCCUGAGUCAAGUGGUGGAUUUGGUGACGAGAAUAUAACUUAUCCUCCAGUUGAUUAUGAAAAUGCGGCUCCAACUCCUGCCGGUGGAGAUCAUUUAUCAUCUGGUGACACAAAUCAAAGUUAUCCUUCAGCUGAUUAUGCAAAGCCUGUUCCUAAACCUCGCAGCACCAAGAACACUGCUGUUAUCACGCCUGAUAUUUUGCCUCCCGUCCCACCACCAACCUCCCCCGGUGUCGUUCCCAUAUCUUUGCCCACCUCCCCUCAACCCUCACCCUCCAAUACAGCCCUCACGUCCUCUACCACAGUCCCAGAGUCUCUUAACCAUGAAUCAAGCUCAUCAGCUGUGAAAGGGCCUUCACCCCCCAGCAUCCCUCCACCCCCACCUUUACCCUUCAAAAUCCCAAUGAAGUUGAAAAAACCAUGCACCAAGGCUUUCCACUGGAACCAAGUUGGCUCAGACAAGAUUGCAAAAUCAUUUUGGAUACAAGAAAGCACCGGGAGGAUUGAAAUCGACACAUCCCGCCUAUACGAGCAAUUUGCCAUCAAAGAUCUGGGGACGUUUGAUGCCGCUGAGCCGAGCCAUACGCAGCAUAUUAUGCUCAACCAGAAGAUUGCACACAACUUCAACAUUUUCCUCAAAAGUUUUCCAGUGCAACCGGGAGAGCUGAAGGACAAACUGUUCAUCAUUAAUGAGGAAGAUGGAGGCCUGUCUGAUGAGCACAUCACCUCUCUGAGGAGGUACGUCCCCACGUUGGAGGAUGUGGAAAAGUACAAAUCGCACAAGGGGCCUGUGACAGAGCUGCAUAUUGUGGACCAGUACAUGAUGGAGAUGUGCAACAUCCCAUGCCUGAGCACACAGCUCGACCUGCUGCUGACUCUGAGAGAGCUUCCGAUCAGCAUGAACGACCUGCAACCUCUGAUUAACCAGAAGAUCAGAAUGUGCACGCAGCUGAACAACUGCAGGUCAUUUGUUUCCGUGCUGGAGUACCUCCUCGCCAUUGGCAAUUACCUCAACGAGAACGCCAGGAAGGAAAAGGCCAAGGGAUUCCGCCUCUCCUCCUUAACUAAACUCUCGCAGCUCCGUGGGAGAGACAAGAAAUUCACCUUGCUUCAUGCCCUUGUGGAGCAGAUCAUGUUGCAUGAACCGUGCCUGGCCACUUUUACCCAGGAGUUGGCAGAAUUUGAAACUGUCCCAGGAGCUUCCAUCAAAGGCCUGACCGCAGAAAUAGAUGUCCUGAAGAAUGAACUGCAGAAAGUCAUUCAGUAUAAAAAAACUUCCAAGAAGAAAAAUGCUGGAGUUCAUCACCCAAACUUCUCCAAAGACCUGAAGUUGGCAAUUGAGAAAUACAACACAGAUCUCUCUGCUCUGACGAAGACGUGUGAGGAGAUGAAGAAACUCUACUCUGUCAUACUGGUUAAAUUUGGUGAACCGUCGGAUCAAGACUCUCAGGAGUUCUUUGGGAUGAUCUGUCAGUUCGUCCAGGACUUCAAGAUGGUCCAUUCUGAAAUCAUGAUUCAAACUGUAUAGUGUACAUAUAAGUAAACACUGAGACUGCAGUGAUGAUUAUUAGACAAACCAAUCUGAUCCUGUAUUCUUAGUCACAGCUCAGAGAGAUUAAAAUAUAGGCUAUAACCUCUAAUGCAGUAUUUGAUAUUUAAGGGGACCUAUUAUGCCCAUUUUCAGGCACAUACCUGUAUUUAAGGUUUCUACUAGAACAUGUUCAUGCUUUAAUGGUCAAAAAACACUUAAUUCUCCUAAUACUAUGCUGGAACACCUGUGUUCCACCUCUGUCUGGGACGCUCUAUUCUAUCGCCUGUCUUUUUUAAGCGCCCUCUUCCCAAAAAAGUCCGGUCUGCUCUGAUUGGUCAGCGUAUCCAGGUCAUCCUUAACCUGACAUCUCUGCACCUUCAUUACAGCCGAGGGGAUGACUGUAAUGGAGAAAAGUGCCACUUUUUACUGUGAAAAACACCAAUAAAAGCUUCAGAUCACAACUGGAAAUGUUCCAAAAGGAAUAUGAUCUGAAAUUUGCUGCUACAAAAAAUAUGGCUGAGGUGAGACGAACAGAUGAAAACUUUAUCUUAUUAGAUCAAAUUGAUGUUGAAGUUUUUCUUUGGGGAAAUAAUUCACAGUUGGAAAAAAAAGGCACUUUUUUUUUUAAUUUUAUCACAAUACUCAGCAUAUCGCAACAUACUUAAAAUCGCUGUAAUAUUGUAUCAUGACUUUAGUAUCGCGAUAAUAUCGUGCCGUGGAUCUUCUAGUGAUUCCCACCCCUUUCCGAAAUUGGGGACAAGUUAGCAUCAGCAACCAAGAUUACAUGUUUUCCUGAUGUUAGCAUGUAGCUACAUGCACAUUACCCAGGGUUCCUACAUAUUAAUUUAUCUGUGGCGCACCACCACAACAUUGGCAUCUUCUGCCAUGUAUAGACUUUAUAGUUUCCGAGCUGGGUCUGUCUUUCAGUGUACUCUGAUCAGCAAAGUACAGCGAAAAUGAACCUUAACUGUUUGUUAAUUCAUAAGUUGUAGUGUUUUCCCACAUUACUUUAGAUGAAACUGUCUGCAUUCCUAUGGAAACCACCCACACCGCAAUCCAAUGCUGGGACUAACCAGUGUAACAGCAGAAGAAGACAGUCUGCUUUCACUCGCCUCUGCAGCCGCUGCUACUCUAAUCCAUAAAUCUAAUUUGAUCAGCUCUAAUCGAUCUGACCACAAACUAAUCCAGAGGAAGUCUUGCAUGUGAUAAUCAAACAGUUUCUUCCUCUAUUAUCCACCCUGCGACUCAAACUCGACAGACUGCUGCUGAGGAAAAAUGUCCUCAUGGAAAGUUCUGCUUGCCACCACACAUACAAUCUAUUUCUGUGGGUAACCAUGUUAGCACUGCACUUACAGUCAGAGAAUGACUGUAAUAGAGAACAAUGGCACUUUUUACUGUAAAAAAAUCACCAGUUAAAGUUUCUAAACACAGCCACACAUGUUCCAGCAGGAAUAUAAUCCGAUAUCAUGGAGAAAUUUACAACAUUGGCAACCAAGAUUAGGUGUUUCCCUGACAUUAGCAUGUAGCUUCAUUUAGCAAUACAGUCUACGUAAUGUAAACACUUGCAGUAGCGUGUCUGGAACAGAUGACCAUAUAGGGAAAUCCAGCACACUGUGACAUCAUACUGUGGCCAGAGUAAAAAGAAGUUCGACCUGAGUAUUGAGAGUGGUAGGAAACCUGAGGUGUGUGCUGACAAGGAAUACUGUCACAUAAAUUUACCUCAUUAUUUGACACUUUGGCCACGUUUAAUAUGAACAUCCUUUACUGUAACACUAUAUGUAUGACACAAAAUACUGAAAAGCAUAAUAGGUCCCCUUUAAAGAUAGUAAAAUGUUGCAUGGAUGUAUUUUUUGUAGCUGUUUGCAUUUUUCUCCUGUGUUGUUAUACAGAUAUUUUAUAAUAUAAUGGGCCCUGGAUGUGAUUCAGUGUGUAGACAUACAGUGUGAAGUGUACAGUGAUGCUCGUGCACCUGGAUGACAGAAUGUGAGUGGAAAUCAACUUUGUAAAUAUAAAACUGAUCUAUGUCAUAUUAUUUGAUGUCAGAAGUUGAUUUGAUUUGGGUUGACUUCAUGUUUAUUGACAUUUGUUUUGAGACGAAUCAGUAAUGAAGGAUUUGCGACUCCUGGGCUGUAAAAAACACUCCGAUGCUGAAGUGUGCUGCUAAUACCCACAGCUGUCUGCUGGCAGAGGAACAAAACAGACAGCACUUCCGAGGCCAGCUGAGGCUGGUGUACUUUGGGUGUGUGAUUAUUUUGAACAUGCAUUCGUUCUGCGGCCGGGGAUGCUUCCUAUCCCAGCGCUCCAGGAGGAGCUCCAAGGCCGCCUCUGAUUAAGCAACACAUCUGCUCUGUGGCAUGAUGAGAAACACAAAACUCACCUUCAAAAGGUAGAAAGAUAUUCUUGGCACUGCUUAGCACUGAUUUAUGUGUUAUAAAGGUUUGUGUGUGCGACUUUUAAUCAGUUGACAGCAAUAACAUCAUUUGUAGUAGUAACUGUGAGCCACGGUGGUAUAAUGAACCAGACCCCUCACUGGGAGGGAAAAGUUGCACAUUUUCUUGUAAAAGCAAAAUCCAAUGAUUUAAUUAAAACUUUGCAUCUGGAGAAACUAGUGAUUCAUUAGCAGCAAAAAUAUUUCCAUUUAAAUGUUUCCUUCACAGAGGUUUAUCUUAUUAUUCAUUUUUAUAUUUUCCAAUUUGUCAAAAUUGUAGCUGGAUGGAUCAUUAAGGGUUUUUUUCCCCCUGAUGUAGUGUCUUUGUACCGCUUUUAAAAUUAAAAAGAGAUAAGUGACCCAACAUUAAGCAUGUGUGCAAAGCAACUCUUUAAAGUCACUUUGAAUUAUACAGGUUUGCAUUUUCUCUCCAACUUUGGAAUUAGUUGCACUUUUAAAGAGACAGAUAAAUAUAACAGUCAUGUAUUUAUUGUCCUCUCGUACGUCACAAUCUGUACUGCAACACUUUUUCUUCCAUUUCUCGAAAACAGUGUCAUUACGAGGAUGACACCUCAGUUUGUUUGGGCUCUGCUGAACUCUGCUCUUCUUUUUGGUUCUCCGGGUUAUUGCAGAGUUUUUCUAGAUCUGUGUAAAGUAGUAUGCCAGUCCGGUCUGGUGAACAAGCUUAAAACUGGCUAAACUCAAUUAUAGCCAGAUACAAUCUAUCUUUUCACUGCUAUGCAGAUGACUUGCAAAUCUAUCUGCCAUUGAAGCCAACAGAUAAAAAUGCACUAAGUUCCUUACUUGACUGUAUUGUUGAUAUCAAGAAUUGGUUAACUCAAAAUGUUCUUCAUUUAAUGAGGAUAAGACAGAGUGCAUUGUGUUUGGGGAUACUGGGACGACCGGCUUGGGCGCCUUGCCUUAUACAUGUUAAGACAAGCUUUUUCCAACUACGUCUUUUAGCCAGAGUCAAAACAUUUUUAAGCCGUCAUGACCUUGAUAAAGCUAUUCAUGCUUUUAUUAGUUCUAGACUCGACUACUGCAAUGCACUGUAUAUUGCCGUCUCCCAGUCUGCUCUUAGCCGCCUUCAACUUGUGCAAAAUGCAGCUGCCCGCCUUUUAACUAACACUAACAGACGAGAGCACAUUAGUCCUGUCCUUUAUUCCCUCCACUGGCUCCCAGUUUGUUUUAGAAUUGAUUUUAAACUUUUAAUGUUUGUUUUUAAAGCUCUAAAUGGCCUCGCCCCAUCUUAUUUAUCUGAGAUGCUAACUGUCCAUGAGCGUGGCCGGGCUCUGAGGUCCUCUAACCAACUCUUGUUGGAAGAGCCCAGGUCUAAAUACAAACACUGGGGUGACCGAGCUUUUUCUGUUGCCGCACCCAGGCUCUGGAAUAAACUCCCCACUGACAUACGUCUUGCCUCUGACCUGAGCCUCUUCAAAUCUAAACUUAAAACUUAUUUAUUUAGGAUGGCUUUUAAUACUCAGUAAUGUGGUGACACUCCUAUUUUAUUUUAUUGUUUUAUCCUUUUAUUUGCUGUUUUUUAUUCAUGAAUCUGUUGUGUGUUGUGUUUUUAAUUGUUUUUUAAUCUCUUGUGAAGCACUUUGAUUCACCUGUGGUCGUUGUAAAGUGCUAUAUAAAUAAAGUACAUGACAUGACAUGACAUUUAGCACGAUGACAGAUUCGGCCAAACUAAAAAGUAGCCUACAUGAGCAACCUGUGCUGACGGCGUUGCAGCGCUAUAUCUGACUUGUAUUGCAUUAGUAAUAAGCAAUAUGACAACCUAAUUAAAAUAUUAUGUUUGUUUAUAAACAGACUAGCGGAGCCACCAAUGUCUGACAGGCUGUGAGCCGAGCACGGCAACAUGAAGGAGGGGAGCAGAGCAGUGCACGUUGUGUUUACUAGUAAGGUCAUGUUUUGAUUUUCUUUUUAGGGUGAUGAGUCAUGGCAAAAUAUGUCUCUGAAGAAACCAUAUUUUCUCUACAUGGCAUUAUUUUGGAUUUGAUUCUGACAGAAAGAGGUCUCCCAAUUGGUCAUGAGCAACAUGCUGCGCAGUUUUGAAGUGAACUUUUGUUGGAUGGCGUAUUCUACUUAUAUCUGUCCCUGGCUUUGAAAGCACCACAAUGGACAAGGACCGGCUGACUAAUGUAGUUAAGAUGAGGAAAUAUCCCCGAUACUUUGGAAAAAGAUCUCGAGGAGCUGAAAGCUUCUGAUGAGCUAAAAUGACCUUUGCUAAUAACAAGCUCCGCUACUUGCUGUUGGCGAUACUGUGUGUCAUCAUCAGUAAAUAUCACAAUAUAAAAAGUAUAUUUUCUGUUUAAAAAGUAACGUUACAAAUGUAUAGGGAUGAAAGUCUCAUACUCUGCUCUGUCUGUUGACCCCUAUUUUCUGAUUUAUUGCUGAUUUAUUACAGAAUAAAUAACGUUAUCCUCGUAUCUUUUUCUUGUCAUUAUCUGCCUGCUGCUGUUUGACCGUGACACAGAG